AUGACGAGUUGGAGCAGGACACUGUUCGUGGGCUUCAUCGGAAUCUUGUUUCUUGUGGCGACAAGGAACUACACCGAGGCCUGCAACGAGGCGAUCUGCGCCAGUGUUGUGAGUAAAUGUAUGCUCACGCAGAGCUGCAAGUGCGACCUCGUUACCUGUACCUGUUGCAAGGAAUGCUUCUCCUGCCUUAGUUAUCUCUACGAUGAGUGUUGUUCGUGCGUAGACCUCUGUCCGAAACCGAACAUCACGGACAAUCCGUUGAGCAAAAAGUCGCACGUGGAGGAUUUCAGCGAACCGAUGCCAGGACUGUUCCAAGCAUUGACCGCCGAGCCGGAUCCGCAUGAACGCUGGCUCACGUUUACAUUUCCAGUGGACUUCGACAUGUCUCUGUUCACGCCAAAGCACGAGAAAGAGAUGAAGUACCAUAUGCGUACCGCAGAAGAAGAGGUGCAUCCGUUGAAGCCGAACGUGAUGACGGUGAAUUGCACGGUCGCGUUCAUGGCUCAGUGUAACUCCUGGAACAAAUGUCGGGCGUCCUGCCAAAGCAUGGGUGCUACCAGUUACAGAUGGUUCCACGACGGUUGUUGCGAGUGCAUAGGUGAUACUUGUAUCAAUUACGGAAUCAACGAGUCGAGAUGCAUACACUGUCCGCUGGACAAAGAGGAGGACGAAUUGAAAGAGCAGUACGACGACUACGGCCAGGACGAUGACGAUCUGGCCGACGACGAGAUUGACUAAACGCCU